CCUCUCUAGCCUAGUCUAUUGUUGUUGUUCAAAGGCAUGUUAUGGGUCCACUGCUUUAAGAGGUAAAGUUGGUGGAGACUCGUGAUUUGCAAUCCCUUCAGUGUGGGAUUCCCCAGGAAUUUAGCCAGGCUCCUUUCUUAUAGACCAGGGUCAGAUCAUCUGUGGCCCUCCAAAUGUUGCUCAGCAUCCAGCAACCCUAGGAAGCAUGGGCAGUGUUGAGGUAUGCUGCUCGCGGUAGCUCCAGAACAUCUGGAACGUCACAGGUUGCCUCUCCUGAUACAGAUCUUGAUCAACAAUUCUGCUUUACCUCUUGCAAUUUUUCAACGUUAUUUUGUGGUUUUACCGUAAACAUCUCGAGCAAUAACCAAGCAGAACAAUAAUUCUAAAAUACAUUAAAGAAGGGAAUAAAAUAAUUGCAAUAGUCUCUCUUCCUCUUCCCAGGUUUCUUCCGAAGGUUCCGUCUUAAAGCCGUUCAGUCAAGCAAGGCUUGCAAUAUCCCUUCCAUGUUUACCUCCGUAGUGCCUGUAGACUCUUCCACUAAGGAGACUUUGCCUUUAGCGCUUCAAGUUCGCAGCACAGAGGGCAUAAACAACCAUCAGAAAGGGUCCCGCUUAGUCAAUCAGCGCCAUCAGAGUUGUUCACUAAGUCUGGGGCAGAGACAGGACUCAGAGGAGUUGGACGAUGCUCUUGUUCCUGCAGAACAAGAGAUUCCUCCUUCACCAGUCAGUGUUUCUUCAGCCACCCAAGCCAGGCCAAGCUGUCCUGGAUCCAGCUGCAGUCCUUCUGUUUCUGAGGGCUCCCUGAAGUCAGUGGAGAGCUUCCUAGGCCACAGAUUCGGUGGCCAGCGGAGGCGCCAAGGUUUAGCAUUACGCCCACAGUGCCUGAGCCCAGAAAGCGAGCUGUCCUCGUGCGACAACGCCAUCCAUGACUACCUCCCGCUGGUGCAGCUGCAGCAAGCCCCAGGCAUGUUCCACCUGAGCGAGACCUUCUCAGAAGCUGUCCAGAUCCCCCUGGACCGCUUAUGCCGGGCCUCCCCCUAUCCCUCCCACCGUGCCAGCCUGAGCCCUGCCUCCAGCACCUCUCCCUGGGCUCUGAUCACCAAGAGUGGCCCAAAGCCACCAGCACACCAGCCUUCCCCAGAAGCUGACGAAGAGGGAGUCAGGACAAGCAAGGAGGGGGUGACGGAGCCGGACUCCCCAUGCUCGCCCAGCACGUGCUCAGAAGUCCUGAGCGCUGCCGUGUGGGCACAGGCAGACAGCGGCAGGGGCUCUGAAACAGACGCCUGCGACCAUUCGCCAGAUGCUUCCGAGGGGAGCAUCAGCCUGCAGGAGGCGGGUUUGGAGGCAGAGGAGGGAGACUUAGAGAGCACAAGUUGGGCCACAGCUGUGGCGUUAGCCUGGCUGGAGCACCGCUGUGCUGGCUUUUUUGUGGAAUGGGAGCUGCUGGCAGCCAAAGCGGACGCCUGGCUGCGUGGGCAGCAGCUGCCAGAAGGCGUGGACGUGGCCGCCCUGAAAGCAGCAGCACGCCAACUCUUCCUGCUGCUUCGCCACUGGGACGAGAACAUCAAGCUGAACAUGUUGUGCUACAACCCAAAUAACGUGUGACGAGCAGGCGAGGCUUUCAGUUUUAUGAGGCCAAUAAAGCGAAUGGAUCCAGAGCCUGUAUUGCUCAGGAUAUUCUUUCUCAGGCUGGGGAUAUGGUAUUAUUUUGCUGAUGGUGGACAGCUUCAAAAAAAUCAAGGCUAUUCUCUAAUCCCAUUCAGUGUGCCGCUUUACUAAAGGUAAAGGUAUAAUCCCUUGUUUUUAGGGAGGAGGAGAGGGUUAGGGUUACUUAACAGAAAAAUUGUCCACUCUUGACAAUCUGCCCGUUGUGUGAUUUUGAACAGAAGAGUUGGUAUACAGUAUCUAUAGAUCUAACAAGCAUGAUCAAAAGCAUCACUCUGGAAUGAGCCACAAAAUCUUUUUAGCAGUCAGCCCAGCGUGAAAAAUUUGUUGAGUGCAAGAAAUUUGUAAGUACACAUGUGAACAGAUAUUUUUACCCUUGGCCUUCAGAGAAAAUAGGAGAGCCCCCAUGCUGAGCCAAAUCACUGACCCAAUUCACCACAUCUUGCUCCUGCUGAUAACUGCACAUCUUCUGGGCUUUCAUCCAACUCUCAACAGCACCCAAAGAAGGAUGCCAGGAUUCUUCCUGGUGGGCUCUAGUACUUCAUGAGCCGGUCCUGUAUCUGUUUAGUUUCCUGAUCAGGACACAGUGUCAUAAACAUCAAAUAAUUUCAUAUUACAAACCAGGUAGUCCUUGUUUAGUAACUGCCUCAAAUAAAUUCGCAAAUAUGAAAGUAAUAAAUGGUAAUAAAAAAUUCAUUUUCCAACCAAUGUGCACCUUUAUGACAACAAAUGCCUUCAGUGUGAAACUGAUCAAGGUCUGGUCAGUUUCAAGCACCAUCUCUAGCUGGCCAGAGGGUUUUAAUCAACUAUAGUAUUUAAGGUCACAGAGCUCAGCUUGUUAACUUGCCCUUAGCCCUUUUUGGGGAAGCCCUGUAAUCUGGAGACAAGCAGCUUAGGAAGAGAGAGCGUGUUUAAGUAAUCUCUCCCUCCUGUAAGGGGGCAA